GAAGAGUGAAGACCUUGCCGACUGGAUUUUUUUACCAUGGGAAACCAGAUAAAUUUAAAAUUAUCGAUGAGUAGAUCUAAUAACCUAACUUGAAGGGAUAGUAAGGUGAUCACUGUUACAGUAGGUACUCUGAACGCGCAUUAUUUCAUCUUAAUGAAUACUAUAAGACGGAAUGUUCUAAAUCAAAUUAAACCAAAUUACUUCUUUAGUUAAAACUUAUUCUUUCUACACCAAAGGUGAAAAAAAUGCUACAUGUACAUGUAACUUGUUAGCCUACACUGUAACUUACAUCAAACACAGUGACCUAAGCCGGAAAGCUUCAAAUAAUUUGGAAAUAUUUGAAAUGACAUCAGCUGUAUACUACCUCAUAGACUUAUGAAACCAUCCUAGCAAUUUGCAGAACUUGUCUUCAACAACGUAGAAUGAGGGACAGGGAUGGUUGUGAGCAAAGAGUGACUGGGUUGUCAAAGGUUUACUGGAAGGGAAAUUUAGCUGUGAAAUCCAGCAAUAUUGUUUUUGCUGUGAUUCCUUUGUUAUUGCUCAAUGGAUGUUUGGCUUUAGAUCUUAAAGUUUGCAUGAAGACUUGUAUUAACCAAAAGGACUUACCUAUUCAAAGUAUAUGUCCAGAAAUCAGAGCAUGUGAUUGGAUAUGUGAAGCAUACUACAAGAAUUGUCCAGGAAACACAAAGUAUCAUUGUGCAAAGAGUGCCACCACUGGUAACUAUACCAGGGAGUGUGCACUUCCUGUAACAUGCACAGAAGGCACAGAACCAGUGAUCACCAAGAAGAAUGGUUCUCCAGUUGUUUAUUGUGUACCAUGCCCUGAUAAAAUGUAUUACAAUAGUGCCAAAAAUCUCAGUUCAGAUACUUUUUCCAAUUGUCACGAGAAGAAAAGUAAUCAGUGCACAGAUGAAUUUCAAAAAAAGGACUGUGCAAAGGAACGUGGCCAGAAACCGUGGGAUGAGCAGUCUAUAAGUGAUGGGUUCUGCAGAUGUGAUGCCAGAAAUGGAUAUGCACCAUUUGACGAUUCUUCUCUGUUUAAACAUGAAUACUGUUUCACUAGAGCAGAAAAUUGCAGAAAAGUGUACUGUGAAAAUGGCAUGGAACUUUCUCUAAACUACGUGUGUAUCCCAAAGUGUCCAUUUGGAUUCAAUCGGACUAAAUUAUCUGAUGAAUGCAAGAACCUCACAGGUUUGACUACAAGAGAACCAAUAUCUUACAUCACAGAGAUGCAACCAAGUACAGAACCUGCAACAAUAUCUCCACCAAAACCCGUUACUACAAGCAAUGAAAAUGAGCCCCCUCCUCAGGAUAUUUCUUCCAAAAUUAGUAAUAUUGGUAUUAUAGCUGGUGCUGUGGUUGUGGUUGUAUUUGUAUCAACAGCUGGUCUGGUAUGCUGCUGCUGCAAAGAGAGACUUCGUCAAUUAAGGUGUCAAUUAAGGUGUCAAUUGUGUGGAGCUGCAAGAACAGAAGGUGCCAAUAAUGUAGUUAUCUAUUCUCCUGUACCCACAGAUCCCUCUGGAACAUUAGGGAGUCAUGUCAAUGACUGUAGGAUAGAAAUGGCAUCGAUAGGAGUCAAAAAUGAAGAAGCUAAUGGCUUCAACCAUGUUGACAAUUCUCAAAAUAUGUGCAGUGCUGAUGAUUUACUGCCAAAUAAUGGAGAUAAUAAUUAUUCAGCUGGUGAUGAUGCCACAGAGACUUUUGGAUCAACUUCACAAAAAGACAGAAAAGAAAUGGGUUCCAGACAUAGAGAAAAAAAAAAUAAAACAAUAAUUAAAAACUACAAGACAUGUAUUAAGGUCAAGGGAAAUUUGAAUCAUUAUCACAAGGGUUCAUCCACACAGGUUGAAGGGCUACAUUAUUUAAUAGAAGAAACAGAAGCUCUCUGCUCCAAUAAUACUAACAAAUCAAACGCAAAUGACCAAGAAGAGUCUGGGUCAGAAGAUAUGGAGGUGGAUGCAAAGAAUUAUGGCACUGAGUCAACUGAACAGACUGGUGAUAAUCACACCCAAAAUUCAGGGACCAGUGAUGGGACAUUGUGUAAAACUAUGGUGACGGAUUGUGGUGAUGGUCACAUCAGUGAUGCAGCUUCAGAUGGUGAUGUAUGUACCAACAGUACUAAUGCAGAUUCAUGCGAUGAUUGCAGUCCUGGCUUAGUUGAGAAGAUCAAUGUUGAAGAAGUUUUUAAGGAAACAGAUAUGAAAACUGGCAAACGCGAGAAUGUUGGAAAUCUUUUGGACAUCGUUAAAUAUGCAGGGACGGAAUGGUCUCUAAGCAAUAAGAAGGCGUGUUUAUUAACAGAGGCAUAUGCAUGCGUUAAACGCAAUUACCGAUUUCCAUAUAUACGAGUCAUCAGGGGAGACAACUAUUGUGCCAUUAGGAGCACCAUUUUCCAGAUUUUAGUCUAUUGCUUUCCUCUUCCAAAAGAUUGGUCUUCCUGCGAUACUGAUGCAAGUGACAUUAAAAGUGACUUUUGUAAAAGAGUUAUUAGUCAAUUCAAAUUUGCAGAAUGCAGAAACAUUCCUGUCAAAGAAUCAACUGAAUUAGUGCCAAUUUGUUUAAAAGGGUACUAUGAAAUGGCACAGAAACUGCAAGAAUAUUCAACAAUUGUUGAAAAGCAAAAUGUAUUAGCUGAAGCCUUGAAUUCAGACGCAGACUGUGAUCUCAACAUCAUGGAAGCAGUCAAACUGCUAAUGGCACAGUGUGCUGUAAAUCUCUUUGUUGACAAAGAGGGGGGAAAGAAAGUGCCAGAGUGGGCGAGGCAUCUGUUUGAUAGAGAUGGUUCAAAAACUGUUGAACAAUUAAUAAGCAAUCAUUUGAACAAAGUAGGACACGAGUGUGGAUUGGAACAGGUUGAGAUGUGCUUGCUGGGAUACAGCUUGGGUGUUCGUAUUCGGGUUCUGCGUCUCAUUUACUUGAACGAGGUGGAUUUUGAAGCUUUCUACCCACCGGAAGACAAAGAUGAUUUGCCUGUUGUUACAUUAAUUUCAGAGGAUGAUCGACACUACAACAUUCCAGUGGAAUAAUUCAGCCAUUGGCGUCCACGCUCAACUAGUCAGAUAUUCUGAAGGAAUCCUCGUACAUGGUUAUGUCUUACCAAUUAUAAGCCAUGCAACAGGACAUUGAACAUCAUCUUAAAGAUUUAUUGAACUCCGUCAUUAGACUGUGUUAAAUUAUUGUUAUAUACUCAAUGCGAUACCUUGGAGGCGUCUUUCCAGAUAUAGACAGUGUCAGGAAGAACUCAACCCUAACAGAAAAUAUAUACUAAUGAGUUCUUACUGUUGUGCAUGUAUAGCAAAAUUUAAAAACUCAAGUUAAUCAGCAACAUAUUGUGUGAUAAUAUUACUUGGUGGUUAUAUUUAGCAAGAAAAAAUAAUUGUUUAGUGUUUUUUCUAUACCACAAAAAUAAUAUUGCUUAGUCUUAUAAUCCUACAGAAAGUUCUCAAAAUUAUAAUUGAGACCAUGAUGUAAAAUAUGCAGUGACUAUAUUGUUCAAUAUUUUGUAAUUGAAUGAACUCUGUGUUUAAGUCCAUUAAAUUUAAAGAUAUUUACUUAUGAUAAGACUAAAGUAUAUGUUAUCUUAUAUGUAAUUCUUGUUUGGGGUGCAAUAUCACAGCUCUGAAGGCUCUUAUAUCAUUCACCAUUUUGUCUUUACGAUAACGUGUGGUACUGGUUGAUUAUAACAGGACAUUGCCUUAUGGAGCACUUAAGUUUUUUUAAUAUUAAAGGAAAUUAAUCUCAUUUUGCUUGGAGAUAAUACUGCAAAGCAGGUUGAAAUGUUUUCAGUUAUAUGCUCAAUAUUAGUGAAUUGUUAUUGUAGUAUAAAAAGUUGUAAGAGUAAAAUUGUUCUCUUGUCUGUUGUUAUAACCUCAGAUACAAUUAUGACUGGCAUGAAAUUUAAUGUAUGCCAAAAGAAAAUUCUGAAAAAGAAAUAAAGCUUUUUAGCUUGACAAUUGUAAAGUUUGAUAGUUAAAUUGUUAGAAAGGUAGUUCAUUGUCAGAGGCUAUAAUGUUAUUAACACUUUGUUAAUACAAUUAUGUUUGUAUCGGUCAAGUGAAUGGAAGUAGAUCCUGGAUGUUGAAGUAUCAAACAAGUGGUAUUAUACCUAUGUAAAAGUGUAUAAAUGUAUUGGGUACUUAGGUAGCAUUAAGAACUUUCCUGCCACCAUUGACAAAUGUUUACUAUUUGUUAAAAAUGAAUAUUUAUGUUUGAAAGGAGUUGUAUAGUCUUGCUGUUACGGAAUGGACAUAAUCAACAGUUUAUUUGGUUUAAGAUUCAUGUUUAGUUUAAGUUAUUUUUAUUAGCUCAGCUGUUUUCGGAAACAAAACACGAGGUACUGUCAUAACUAGCUCGUCGACCACCGUCCGCCAUGCUAAAACUUUAACAUUUUGGCUGUAAAAUCAAAGUGCUUCCACCUACAACUUUGAAACUUCAUAUGUAGAUGCACCUUGAUGAGUUUUACAUGCCACACCCAUUUUUGGGUUACUGGAUCAAAGGUCAAGGUCACUGUGACCUCUAAAAAAAAAAAUUCUGACAAGCUUUCAUUUAUUCAAAACUGCACCAGAAGCCGAGCGUUGGCACCCGUUUAUGUGGUGCUCUUGUUUCAUAUUUUAUGUAUGUUAUUGCAUAAUAGUUUGCUGAAAAUGUGUUUUUAAGUGGUCAAUUUAAUUGAUUGUGAGAUUGUAAUUAUCAGAACAAAGGGUCAUUUUUUGUGACAAGACAUAUGUAACUCCGAAAUAUAUGUUCUGUUAAGUAGAAUUUGUAUAAUUUAAAGCAAUCAUAUUUUGUUACAGAUGGACAUUGGUGAUGUUUGAAUAUUUAAAUUUCUACUUUGUAUAUUAAUAACGAUCAUAUAUUUAAUUUUGCUGUAGAUAUGCAUAGAAUAUAAUUGUUGGCAUCUGUCUUGCUAUGUAAUUAGAACUGAGGUAUGCUAAACUUUAAUGUAAAAUGUAUACUAUACACAUGAAGGUAAGAAGCAAGUGGCACAAGCCUUCAAUUCACCAAUGUUUAGUAAGACUAAGGUGUGAUACUGCGAAUAACAAAUAAUCGUGUUUUUCCCCUUAGACAUUGAAUCAUUCUUUAGGAGAAUAUUUAUUUUAAUUGAUUUGUAUGUUCCCCCAAAAAUUUUUGGGGGGAGCAUAAUUUUAUAGUCGCCGCUUCGUCCAUCCGUCCGUCCGUCCGUGUGUUCGUCCACGCACAAUUUUUAUCCGGGCUAUUUUCAGCAACUAAUGACCGGAAUUCAAUGAAACUUUAGGGGAAGCUUCACUACCAAGAGGAGAUGUGCAUAUUAUCAGCGGGUUCUGGUCAGAUGAUUUUUCACAGAGUUAUAGUCCUUUGAAAUUUUCCAUUAACUGUACAUAUACUGCAAUUCUUGUCCGGGCUAUUUCUCAGCAACUAAUGACCGGAAUUCAAUGAAACUUUAUGGGGAGCUUCACUACCAAGAGGAGAUGUGCAUAUUAUCAGCCGGUUCUGGUCAGAUGAUUUUUCAGAGUAAUGGCCCUUUGAAAUUUUCCAUUAACUGUACAUAUAGUGCAAUUCUUGUCCGGGCUAUUUCUCAGCAACUAAUGACCGGAAUUCAAUGAAACUUUAUGGGAAGCUUCACUGCCAAGAGGAGAUGUGCAUAUUAUCAGCUGGUUCUUGUCGGAUGAUUUUUCACAGAGUUCUGGCCCUUUGAAAUUUUCCAUUGUACAUAUAGUGCAAUUCUUGUCCGAGCUAUUUCUCAGCAACUUAUUACGGGAAUUCAAUGAAACUUUAUUGGAAGCUUCACUACCAAGAAGAGAUGUGCAUAUUAUCAGCCGGUUCUCGUUGGAUGAUUUUUCACAGAGUUAUGGCUCUUUGAAAUUUUCCAUUGUACAUAUAGUGCCACUCUUGUCAGAGCUAUGUCUCAGCAACUUAUUACAGGAAUUCAAUGAAACUUUAUGGGAAGCUUCACUACCAACAUGAGAUGUGCAUAUUAUCAGCCGGUUAUGGUCGGAUGAUUUUUCACAGAGUUAUGGCCCUUUGAAAUUUUCUAUAAACUGUACAUAUAGUGCAAUUCUUGUUCGGGCUAUUUCUCCCCAACUACUGACUGGAAUACGAUGAAGCUUUAUGGGAAGCUUAACUACCUUGAGGAGAUGCGCAUGUUAUUAGUGGGUUCUGGUUAGAUGAUUUAUUUAGAGAGUUAUGGCCCUUUGAAAUUUUUAAGUUGCUAAACCAUCCAUCGUAUUAUUUUGUCCAAAGUUAUGCCCCUCGAGACGUUUCCUUUUAUCUGAAUAUAUAGUGCAAUAUUGUGACAAAAAAAAACUUUGGGGAGCAUCACCCGUCUCCGACGGUUUCUUGUUUAUUUUUAUUAUUUAUUUAGAAUCACUAUUUAUGACAAAGGUAGUUCUAACAGAAUCUUACCUUAUGUGAACAUGAACCUUAAACAGUUCCGUGCAAUGACAAGUAUUUUGGUUGUGACAUAAAAUGUCCAGUACAAUUUUUUUUAUUUAUUCAUUAUUUGUAAUGUUGUUGUUUUUUGUAAAAUGUGAUUUGAAGCCUGUGAUUUAGGUAGAACUGCUUGAGCAGCUUGUGAUUACUUUUGUGCCAUGUACUAAGGAAUACUGAUAUCUAAAAAUUAAUUAAAUACAUAUUUUUAAGUUAAUCUAAUAUAAAUUUUGUGUUUGUUAUUUGUUAAAGCGGGUAUAUACGAUUUUUAUAUGUGCUGAAUUGUAAAAUAUUGAUACAAAUAUGUUAUAAUAACACACAAUAUGCAAGAAAAAUGAUACAUUUAAGGCGAAUUUUAUAAAAUACAGCAAAUACAAAUUAGCGCCCCGAGCCGAUUGUGACGAAGAUAAUUCGUAAUUAUUUUCCUACAAUAACCGAUGCAUUCGUCUUUUUAGUAAGUGUUCAUGUGUCGUAUGAAUCGAUAUCGCUGCAGGAAUUUCAAAUGAACCGUUAAACUAAAUUUAGAUUCACAUCGUACAUGCAUGCUAUACAUGCUGGUGAAUUCGGCUGUACAGCCUUUUUCGAUUUCAGAAUUAAAUAUCUGGCUUAUUUAGCAUUUUUCGACACAUGUUCUUCUUAACUUUUAUUUUAGUUUAUAUUGCAAUAUAUGUAUAAUAAGUUUUUUACACAUUUUAUAUUAAUCAAUAUAUAUUUGACAAGAUCGUAUAUACCCGCUUUAAAGAUUAACGUGGAGAAGUAAAAAAUUACCCCGGUAAUAUUUUAAAAAUAAAAUUGCUUUACUAUGUUUUAAAGGGGCCUUUUCACAGUUUG